AUGAAAAUAUUGUGGCACAUGGAAUAUGAAGAAACUUUUGAAUAUGUGGAAUGUAAAGCCAUGUUGGAAUUUUUACCUAUGGAACUGCUUGUUCAAAUACUUUCCUUCCUGAACCCAUCAGAUUUAAUGUGUGCUGGUUUAAGUUUCAAAAGAUUUGCAGAAGCGUUGCAGCAUAAAAAGUUUUCAAAUAAUUGGAUACUUAAUUUUAGUGAGCCAUACUCAACACAAUUUGCUAUUCCAAUUCAACUUCUCAUGCAAUGUGAACGACAAUUUCCUGCUAUAAUGCUUCAAACACCUCAAGUUGACGACAUCGUUUGGGAAGAUUUUUGGAUAGAAAAUGGAGAGAAUUUAAGAGAGCUUCAUUUCUUGAGUGGUCUCCUGACGAAAGAAGAGUUCGUAAAUGUGGUUAAAUAUGCGAAGAAUUUGGAGACAUUAAAAAUUGAAGCUAAUAACAUGUUCAAGAAUUGGGUUAUCAACAAAUUUUCUUAUGAAAGGAAAGUAACUUUUCCAAAAUGUUCACAUAUAAGUCUCGCUAGAAAUAAUAUUAUAUCUAAAGAUAUUUUCGAAUAUAUGAUGAAAACAAGCCCCAACAUCAAAGCCGUUGAUUUAUCAAACUGUUUACAACUUAUGAGCCCACAGGAACGAAAUAGCUUUUUGGAUUCCCUUCUCGAAUUCUUGAAAUCAAGCGGAAAAAAUAUUACAUGUUUAGAUUUAUCCAACACAGUAACUGAUGAUUUAUUUCUUGACAAGUUGGGACAAAUAAAGGAUAUUAAACUCAAGGAACUUCAUUUAACUUUCAUGGGAUCAACAAAGAACUCAAAUUAUGGUCUUCCAGUGUUGAUCAAGAAUCAACCUACCUUAGAAAAUUUCGAUUUAACAGCAUCCCCAAGUGUAAACGACAUUGUCGUCAGAUUGAUUUCUAUUUAUAUGACUAACAUUAAGAUUCUGCUGUUGAAAAAAUGUCACAAUUUGACAGAUCAUGGAGUGAGAGAAAUAUCUAAACUUGUUCACUUGAAGUCUCUUGAAAUUUCUGAUUGCGAUCACGUAACAGACACUGGAAUCAUGGAUGGAGUACUCAUGGAAAAUAAAAACCCGCAUCUAAGAAAUCUUAACCUUGGAUUGCUUCAAAAUUUAACUGAAGUCGUUGUUAGAAGAUUGUCUUACGUCUUGGAAAGUUUAAGUCAUCUUGAUCUCGGUGGGGUAUCAGUGGGUGUGACUGAUAACUCACUUCAGAUGAUUCUAAGGCAUAUGCAACUUUUAAGGUUAUUAAACGUUGACAGUUGUUGUAAAGUAUACUUUGGAUUCACGGGAGUGUCGUCAGAAUAUGCAAGGCGCCAUCACUCGAUAAGAAACUUAAAAGGUCUUCAAAUAUUGAAAUGUAAUGGCUUAUACAAGCUUACUGACUAUACAAUGAUCGAUGCGCUUUCCCUGCUUGAACUAAAGGAAGCACAUUUUGCUCGAUGCAAUUUUACUCUGGAAGGAGUUAAAGCAUUUGUCAACAAUUGUCCUUCAUUAGAAGUUCUUGAUUUUAGUGAAGGAAAGUUUAUUGAUGAUAAAUGUGUUGACAUAAUAACGCUGAGUUUGCCACGAUUAAAAACUUUAAAACUUAACAGAUGCGAGAAAAUAAGUGAAAAAGUAUUCAAAAUACUUCAUAAUAAUUGCCAUCAAUUACGA